AUGGCUGAUUUUCAAGGAUAUUUGGUUAUCUUUCUUUUAGGUCUCAUAUCGAUCGUUAUAGUAAAGCUACUAAUCAAAUCAAAACCGGCUAAAUCUCACCUUCCUCCAACCCCUUUUGCCCUUCCCAUCAUCGGACAUCUCCAUCUCCUUGGUCCAAAACCUCAUCAUGUUUUUCACAAUCUUUCGGUUCAAUAUGGGCCAGUUUUUCGACUCUUUUUGGGCUCGGUGCCUUGUGUUAUCUUUAGUUCAUCAGAAUCAGCAAAAGAAUUGUUCAAAACGUCUGAUAGUGCCUUCUUAGACAGACCGCGUAAUUCAUGCAUGGAUUACAUUUCCUAUGGAGGUAAUAGCAUGAUCUUUGCUCCGUAUGGAUCAUAUUGGAAGUUCUUGAAGAAAAUCGUCAUGUCAGAACUUCUAAACGCUAGAACACUUGACUCCCUCCUUCCCGUCAGAAGUUAUGAACUUGAUCGUUUUAUAACAUUUUUAUCACAUAAGGCAAAGGAUGCGAAGCCGGUAGAACUUCAAGCCGAGCUCAUGACGAUGACAAACAACGUGAUAUCACGAAUGCUUACUGGCAAGAUGUGUACAAGUGAAGGCGACGAUGAAGGAGUCAUUAGGCGGAUAGUAACCGAUAUUGGUGAAGUUAUGGGUACUUUUAACCUUUCUGACCAUAUAUGGUUUUUUCAGAAUCUAGAUGUACAAGGAGUUAAAAAACGUUCCAAGGAAAUUCGGGCUAGAUUCGAUUCCUUGAUAGAAAAGAUCAUAAAUGAGCAUGAAGAAGUAAGAAAUGAAAUAAAGAGGAAAGGAGAAGUAAAGGACUUGCUUGAUAUUUUACUAGAUAUUUCAGAAAAUGAGUGCAUGGAGAUAAAAUUGACUAGAGAACACAUUAAAGCCUUCGUUCUGGACAUAAUGGGUGGCGGUACACACAGUUCCGCCAUAUCGACAGAAUGGGCUUUGGCAGAACUUAUUAACCAUCCUAAUAUAAUGAAAAAAGCAAUAGAAGAAAUUGACCAAGUUGUCGGCAAAAAUAGGCUUUUACAAGAAUCCGACAUACCAAACCUUCCAUACCUCCAAGCAAUCGUCAAAGAAUCACUAAGGUUGCACCCUGCAGCCCCAGUGAUUCAAAGACAGUCUAUUGUAGACUGCAGUGUAGGAGGUUACCAAAUUCCAGCAAAGACUACCAUUUUCUUCAACGUAUGGAGCCUCGGCCGAGAUCCAAAUUAUUGGGAAAGCCCACUAGAAUUUAGGCCCGAAAGAUUUGAAGAGAAACAAAUGGAUGUGAGGGGACAAAACUUUCAGUUGUUACCCUUUGGUAGCGGGAGGAGGAUGUGCCCCGGGUCUUCGCUAGCGUUAAUGGUCAUACACGUGACCCUUGGUUCUAUGAUUCAGUGCUUCGAGUGGAAGGCUGGGAAGGACGGGAAUCUAACUAGUGUUGACAUGGAAGAGGGUACCGGAAUCACACUUCCAAGAGCUAAUCCUUUAGUUUGUAUCCCCACUGCAAGAAUUGAUCCCCUGCCCUUGUGUAUGUAAUAUAUAUAUAUAUAUAUAUAUAUGUCACGUAUCGAACUUUGUUAUUAUAGUACCAAGUUCGUAAUUUGCUAGAUUUUUGAUACUGUUUUUUGUUUAAAAGUAAAAAAUAAACAAACACUA